GCUUGGGAUCUGAGUGCCCAGUGCCGCGUGGCCUGGUCCUGCAGCGUCAGCCCUGGAGCCUGGGUGAGGCAUCUGGCCUGGUGUCCCUCCUCCAGGUGUUUGUUGGUCGGCCACUCUGAUGGCAUCUGUUGGGUGGACGGCCGUUCCGGAGCAGCCGUGGAGCAAGUGGCGUGCUUGGGCCAAGCAUAUGCGAGCGUCGGAGUUGCGGAGAAUGUGCGUAUUGUGGCGUUCGGAAAGCGGUUACUGGCGCUAGACCGGCGCCGAAUUUGUCCGGAGGACGUGGCCGAACUGGACACCUCGGCGAUAAGCCUUCAGUGCUGCAUGCAUGGGGCGCAGACAAGCAUGUUGGUAGGUACAAAGGACGGCAACGUGCAGCUCUAUGCAGUGCACGUGUAG